AUGCUACGACUUACGCUCACGCCAAUUCGUUCAGGCUUAGCCUACCGAGCAGCCAUCCACACCAGCUCGAACGCGGCCGGCCCUUCCCGACCUCGUCGCACUCCAGUCGAACAAUCUGAUGAUGUCGAUCUUGUCGCACCACCCGACCCAGUAUCCAAUAUCCGCCCAAUGAUCUAUGCUCAUGCUUCCCGCCUUCCUACACUGUCUUCACCUUACUCUUCGGCUGAAUUCCCCUACGCUGAGAAAGACGCAAAGAUGCAAGAUUUAGAGCUCGAAUGGAGAUUAAGGAAGGAAAGGCUAGAUGUGAUGAAUCACAAGUUCUGGGCCGCCACAAAUCUCGACUUUCAAGCUCGACUAGCUAACCGCCUCGCUGCGCUCCCUUCCGCUUCAGAUCCACCAACAGACGAACAAACGGCUUUACGCGAAGAGGUCAUGUCUCAGUUCUAUGCCGAUUGGCUAGCGGCGAAUAAAUACAAGCAAGUCGAGUGGGUAAAGGUCUGGUGGAGAGAGUUAUGGGCGAGUUUGAAAAUGGAUCUGAGACUACAUAUAGCCAGGAGGACAAGGUUCUUCAGGCAGUGA